AUGUUCUACACCGAGUUUGAUGCGUUCAUCCCCGAGCAGCUCCGCGAGUCCAGCAAAGGCGUCAAAUCCAUCCUACCAAAGCACUUGCGCGAGGACAUUGAUGCUAUGAACGAGUGGGUCUACGAUACCAUCAACAAUGGCGUAUACAAGACUGGGUUUGCCCAAUCCCAGGAGGCAUACGAAGAGCACGUUUACCCCUUGUUCAAAUCUCUCGAUCGCCUGGAAGAACACCUUGGUCAGCCAGGUCACGGGCCUUACUUGUUUGGCGAUCACAUCACUGAAGCAGAUAUCAGGCUGUAUACUACCAUCAUCAGAUUCGAUGUUGCGUACUUCACAAUCUUCAAAUGCAACCUCAAGAUGAUUCGCUAUGAGUACCCGCGGCUGCACAACUGGGUACGCAGGCUGUACUGGGAUGAGAGCGAAACGACCAAUUUUGGUGCGUUCAAGGAGACGGUGGACUUUCAGGCAUACAAGGAUGGCUACUCGAACGCUACGAAGGCGAAGAUUGUGCCUGUGGGACCGAAGCCAGAUAUCAUGCCCUUGUAG